AGAAAAAAAUGGUGUGAAGUUCAGAGGUCAGUCCUACGUCAGGAGGGAGUAGAUUAUCACUUUUUCUGAAUGUCAUGAGUGCUGUGGAGGAAAGUAGGUGAAGGUAGGAGCAUGCAGAUAUGGAAUCUAAACUAAAGUUAGGUAAGGGAAAUAACAAUAGAACUCGUGUUCUCCAGUUAGCUAGAGGUAGGGCUUCGUGGUGUGAUUUCUGAGUGUCAAAUAAGGACCAGUGGAAACCUUGCUGUAGAAAAUCAAUAGACCCCGGAGGAAACUGAAUUAGAAGAUGCUAUACUUAAUUACUUGUUAUAUAGUCAAACUUAGCAUUUUGGGACAGAUAUUCUUCUUUCAUAACUAGAAGUGUAGCCUGAGUUUGGAGCAACUAGGAAGACAGUGAAUGUUUUGGGGUAAGAUUUGAAUUAGGAAGGGAUCUACAUUUUCUAAAAAGGUGUUCUUGGCUAUACAAAGACCACAGAAAGCUCUUCAUCCACUCAAUUGCUUAAUGAAGGCUCCCUUGUGAUACUAGCUCUAUUGUUAUUUAAAGUCCUGAUCACCCAAUGAUUUUAUAAGCAACCUGAGGGCAGAGAUCAUGUGUAAUGUUUGGCAAUGUAUAUUAGAAUAAUUUUCUAACUUCUGUUAAGGUCUAGAAAUGGGAUCAAGGGCUAAUCCUCCCAUGUGGAAGAUCCGAGAUUGAAUAUGAGCAGUGUAAUUCAGCCGACAUUUGAUAUACUCUGGAAGGGUCCUGUAAAAGUAGAAAACAGAGAGAAAAAAUUCCAUUGGCCAUGUUAACCUUCAAUAUCACCUCAACUCAUCCAGCUGCCUUCUUGUUGAUGGGAAUCCCAGGCCUGGAGCACCUACAUAUCUGGAUCUCCAUUCCCUUCUGCUCAGCCUAUACUCUGGCUCUGCUUGGCAACUGCACCCUCCUCUUCAUCAUCCAUGUUGAUGCAGCCCUCCAUGAGCCUAUGUACCUCUUUCUGGCCAUGUUGGCAACCAUUGAUCUAGUCCUUUCUUCUUCAACAUUGCCUAAAAUGCUGGCUAUUUUUUGGUUUAGAGAUCAAGCGAUCAACUUCCAUGCCUGUCUGACCCAGAUGUUCUUUCUUCACUCCUUCUCCAUCAUGGAGUCAGCAGUGCUGCUGGCCAUGGCUUUUGAUCGCUAUGUGGCCAUAUGCAAGCCACUGCACUACACCUCGGUCCUGACCAGGCCCCUUAUCACCAAGAUUGGCAUGGCUGCUAUGACUCGGGCUGUGGCACUAAUGACUCCACUCCCCUUUCUUCUCAGACGCUUCCACUACUGCCGAGGUCCUGAGAUUGCACACUGCUACUGUGAGCACAUGGCUGUGGUAAAGCUGGCUUGUGGAGACACUCGCUUCAACAAUAUCUAUGGCAUUGCAGUGGCCAUGUUUAUAGUGGUUUUGGAUCUGCUCUUUGUUAUCCUGUCUUAUAUCUUCAUCAUUCAGGCAGUCCUACAGCUUGCCUCUCAGGAGGCCCGCUACAAGGCCUUUGGGACAUGUGUGUCUCAUAUAGGUGCUAUCUUGGCUUUCUACACACCCGUCGUCAUCUCCUCAGUCAUGCACCGUGUGGCUCGCCGGGCUUCCCCGCAUGUGCACAUUCUCCUUGCCAAUUUUUAUCUGCUCUUCCCACCCAUGGUUAAUCCCAUUAUCUAUGGGGUCAAGACCAAGCAGAUUCGUGAGAGAGUCUUAGGACUAUUCCUGAGAAAGAAUGAAUAAAUGGAGAGUGAGAAACAGGUGGAGAAAAAGUGGUGCAGGUUGAAUGCUGGAGUGGGGGUGUGGAUGUGUUAGGAAGGGGAGGGCUGUCAGAGGGUCUAUGUUUAGUUCUUUUCUGGUGUAAUGAAAAAAAUAAAUGAUCACUAGUAUCCCUGGUCUGAUCAGGACUCAAGGGUCUAAAUCCUCUGCACUGAAAACUAUUGAUUCUGCUAUUUUCUCAGAGUCCUCACUCUUGUUAUGAGCUUGAGAAAGGCUUCACCCACUUUCCUUUCAGUGAUAUCACCUAAAGACAUGAACGUGCUUGCAAGUUUAUUUACUUAAAUGAAGACUGAGAAUCUGAAUUGUUGGGAAUUUGGUUAAUUAUUCAUUCAGGACCUAUGUGAGGACCAACACUUCAU